GGCAUUAGCAAGAUGGCGGCGGCAGAGGUGGCGCCGGCGGGAGCCGGCUCUGAGUCUCCGGCCCCGCCGGUGUGCGUGCUGGUGCUGGGCAUGGCGGGCUCUGGGAAAACCACCCUGGUGCAGAGGCUCACUGCCCAUUUGCACAGCCAGAAUUCCCCGCCCUACGUCAUCAACCUGGACCCUGCUGUGCACGAGCUUCCUUUUCCAGCCAACAUCGAUAUCAGAGACACAGUGAAGUACAAAGAAGUCAUGAAACAAUAUGGUCUGGGCCCAAAUGGUGGAAUAGUGACUUCUCUCAAUCUCUUUGCCACAAGAUUUGAUCAGGUGAUGAAGUUUAUUGAAAAGCGACAGAACACAUCUCAAUAUGUUCUUAUUGAUACACCAGGACAGAUUGAGGUGUUCACCUGGUCAGCCUCAGGCACUAUCAUCACUGAGGCACUGGCUUCCACUUUUCCUUCAGUUGUCGUUUAUGUGAUGGACACAUCUCGCAGCACCAGCCCUAUCACCUUUAUGUCUAACAUGUUGUAUGCUUGCAGUAUCCUGUACAAAACAAAACUACCUUUUAUUUUGGCCAUGAACAAGACAGAUAUCAUUGAUCAUAGUUUUGCAGUAGAAUGGAUGCAGGAUUUUGAGAUCUUUCAAGAUGCCUUGAAUCAAGAGACAACAUAUGUUAGUAACCUGACUCGUUCCAUGAGCCUGGUGUUGGAUGAGUUUUACAGCUCACUCAAGGUGGUUGGUGUUUCUGCUGUGCUGGGUACAGGACUGGAUGAAUUUUUUGUGAAAGUCUCUGAAGCUGUAGAUGAAUAUGAGAGGGAGUAUCGUCCAGAAUAUGAGCGUCUGAGAAAAUCAUUGGCGAAAGCCCAGAGCAAGCAGCAGAAAGAGCAGCUGGAACGUUUGCAGAAAGACAUGGGCUCUGUGGCUAUGGAGAGCAACCCACUUGCAGAUUCUUCUGACAUUUCUGCAUUGGGCCCCUCUGACUUGAUCAUGACACGAGGAACUUUGGAUGAGGAAGAUGAAGAGAGAGAGAGUGAUACUGAUGAUAUUGACCAUCAAGUCACUGAGGAAAGCCACGAAGAACCAGCCUUCAGAAACUUCAUGCAGGAGACAAGGAUGAAGUACCAGAAUAGAAGUAGCCACUAAGAGACUUUCAGAAGCAAAGCGCUGCAAACCCUUCGACUGGCGAGAACAGCAAGAGCAAACUGUCCACCACCUUCUGUGCUGUGAAGACACCAGUGCAGCCUUGUAUGCAAUCUAACUUCCGUGAAGCACUUUCUCUGAUACUUAAAUAUCUGUACUUGCAAAAUCAGUUGGUUACUGUGAGCUGGAGUUCUGACUUCAGGUGUUUAACCUUUUGCCAUUGUGACUUUUAAAACAAAAUAAGGAUUGCACUUUUCCCUUUUCUCCAAAUAGUUUUGCUCCGCCUUGUUGGGAACUUGAAUUCCUGGUGUGUCAGCAUUAUUGUCUGGAGUUUUGGUCCACCCCUGGGAGUUCAACACCAUCCCCACAUUCAAAGCUCAUGGUUUCUCUUGGGUGCAGGGGAUGGGUGAGACCUCUGCUGGAAAGCUCUUCUGAGAAUUGUCUCCAUUUAGUUAUGGUGGUGGCUCAAAUUCAGAGGGUUGGGGCAAUAGUCUUGUGUGAUAACAGCCAGAGCCUCAAUUUUAAAUGUAUUCCCUAUUAAAUUCUGCAGCUAAAAUUUGAUCAGAGGCUAGAAAGGUCUUUUCAAGAACUUGUUUCUAAAUGGAGUUUUCUCUGAGUUACUGAAACAGGGUAACUGAAAUGUCACUGCAAUCCCAUGUUUGACAUUUUAUUUUGUUCUGUAAUUUAUUAUAAAGUAUUUUUUGCUAUUGACAA